AUGAGUGGUUUGAAAGAACUUUUAAAGAAACGCAGUACGAUUAAAGGUCGUUUAACUAAAUUUAGAGAAUAUAUAACGGUUUUAAAUCAAAUUAAACCUGCAGAUUUAACUGGUGCUCAAGUAAAAGAAAUUUCAUUGAGAUUAACUAAAUUCCAAGAGUUGUUUACUAGUUUUGAUGAAUUGCAAGAUCAAAUUGAACUUUUAAGUACCGACCAGGAUGAACAAAUUAGAGAAAGAGACUUCAUAGAAUCUCAAUUUUAUUCUUUGAUAUCGACUGCGCAGGAAAUAAUCGAUUCGAUUUCUCAAAGCAGAGAUCGAGCCGAGGGUUCUGUAAAUUCCAAGCCAUCAGGCACUUGUUCUCAUGCUCUUAAUACAAUCAAAUUGCCCACGAUUAAACUCCCGAAUUUUGACGGGAACUACUUAAAAUGGCUGGAAUUUAGAGAUACGUUCGACUCGUUAAUUAAUUCUAAUGAUACUAUACCUACGAUUAACAAAUUCCAUUACUUGAGGUCUGCUUUAGAAGGCAGUGCUACUGUUGUUAUAAAAUCCAUAGAAUUUACCUCUGCGAAUUACAGGGUUGCAUGGGAUUUAUUAUGUGAAAGGUAUAAUAAUAAAAAUAUUUUAAUAAACAAUCAUCUAAAGGCAUUGUUCAACAUCGAACCUAUAACGCGGGAGUCUUACAAAGCUUUGCGUUAUCUUAUUGAUCAAGUAUCUAAGAAUUUAAGAGCACUCGGAACGUUAGGCUUACCUACUGAGCAAUGGGACAUUUUGGUUAUAUUUAUGAUGUCAUCUAAAUUAGAUAUUAAUACAAAUAGAAAAUGGGAGGAAUACAAGGGUAACCUCUCCGAUUUACCUACGUUACUUGAAUUUAAGACUUUACUUCGUAAUCGCGCGGAUGUGUUAGAAACCACUCAAGGUACCCGCUCGGAUAAACACACCCAUGACUAUAAGUCUAAUUAUAAGUCACAACAACCUUCUAAAUCAUUAGUCGCUGCUAAUACGGAAGUGUCAAAACGGAUUGUAUGUAGUAUAUGUAAGAAGGACCACCGUGUGUAUUUGUGUCCCGUCUUUUUAGAAAUGAGUUUGGAGGACAGACAGAUUGAGGUAAAUAAAUUAAAAUUAUGUUCAAACUGUCUCCGCGAAAGGCACAAUGCGCACAGGUGCCGUUUAAAGGGUUGUUGUAGGUCAUGCAAGGGGAAACAUAACAGUUUACUCCAUAAAGAAAUUUCAGAGGUUUUGAAGACUGCACCCGUCUCUUUGGCAAUAGCUAGCGCAAAAGAAGUACUACUGUGUACCGCUCUUGUAAAUAUAGUUAAUCCACAGAACAAUAGCUGUCAAAGGGCUCGAAUAUUAUUAGAUACUGGGAGUCAAUCCUGCUUCAUGACUACUAAUUUCAAAAAUAUAAUGGGUUUAUCUGUAAAUCGAGUGAAACCUGUAAACGUAUCGGGUAUAAAUAAUAUCGGUUUUGAUAUAUCUGAACGUUGCUGUGUCCAAUUAAAUUCUAGAGUAUCUUCUUUUACGGCUAAGUUAACAUGCCUCAUUGUAUCUAGGAUUACCGGUAGCGUGCCUAAUAACAAAAUUGAAUUGCAGAACUUGAAGUUACCAUUAAACAUCCAGCUGGCCGACCCUGCAUUUUAUCAACCAGCUGAUAUUGACAUACUUAUAGGCGCAGAUGUCUUUUGGGAUAUUAUAGGUACACAACAGAUCAAGUUAGGUCAAGAUAAGCCUACGCUGCUAGAUUCGAAACUGGGGUGGCUCGUGUCUGGCCCAGUAGGUAAAAGUACUUGUAACGAUAAUUUUAUGUGUAAUUUUACUCAAUUAGAUAUUUAUGAAAGUAUGAAAAGAUUCUGGGAAGUAGAAGAGUUACCUACGACCAAAGAUAAUUUAUUCUCUGUAGAAGAGCAAUUAUGUGAAACUCAUUUUGUAAAUAACACUUCAAGGUUUAAGUAA